UCUAUCCCUCCCGUAUAGCACCGUUUCCUAUCUUCAAUUGUUGGUCAUCGGUGCCUACACUGACUGCUCUUGCCGUAUUGGUAAUGUCGUCGUCGCACUUUCCAAAACGACACCAUUCGCCCCGGCGACACAACCCUGUCAACACACACAACACGUUCGAAUUCUUUUUAUCUUUCUCCUCAAAUCCUUUUCUUCUUCUUCUCCUUCUUCACCUCUUUUCUUCUCUCCCAACUCUCUCCCCAGUCGUCCACCCGUCCUCCUUCCGUCUUUCCCCAGUCUUUCUAUCAAGGUUCCAUCAUCAAGAAUCCUGAACUUCAUCAACUCUUCGUCUAGUUCCUGUUCUUUUCUACUCAAAGAAUCUUUGCUUCAAAGCGUUGUAUUCUAAGAUCAAAAAUGAACGUGAACUACCUGAUCAUCCUUGCCAUCUGGCUCCUCGCCAGUAUCGGCUGCAGUGCUAAUAUCGCCGAUGAUCUUGUGCGUGUUUACUAUGAGAUGACUGAGGCUGCCUUCGCUCCUCACCACGCGGUCAUCGUCCCUAAGUCCAACAAUCGUAGGCCCAAGCCCAACAAGGCCGAGGGAGUUGGCAAAACCCGUAACGAUGACAUCUUGACCGUGACUAUCUGCGAGACGGAGACUCCAGUGGCUCCCACCGUCGGAACCCUAUCCCUCCCUACAGUCGUCACCGCGCCUACCUUGAUUCCGACUGUUGUCGUGACGGGUGUUCCAACUAUGACUAGUGUUGCCACUGAGGUUCCUUCGGGACUUACUACUGAAGUUCCUGUUGGAAACCCAACCGAGGUCCCUACCGGUCAAUCUCACGUCAACUCUGAUACCACUUUUGUGUCAGUCACCAGGUCUGUGGCCACUGGACAUUCAUCCGUCAUGACUGGAAUUCAGACUGUCCCUGACACCACUGUGCCCCAUCCUACCUCGUCCGGGACUCAUAGUGCUCCCAGUGAUGAGAAUGAUUCUAUCAUUUCUUCAGUUAGUUCUGGAGAGCAGCAUGGAAAUCACACAGUCAGCACUGAUACCACUGCAUCGACUGGCACCCGCACUCAUGCGCACCCCUCGUUCCCCACCACCAACGAGGCCAAUGACUAUGAGGGCAUGGCGUCGUCCGCCUUUGCGUUGGCAGUUGCCUUGGCUUUUAGUCUCGUGCGUAUCUGAAGAUGUUUCUUUCGCUUACCAGCAGUUCUUUGAAAUUCGUUCCCAGCUGAGCUGUGUACGAUGACCUGGUGGUGUUGAACUUAAUCUUCAGAUGAAGCGUGCUUCUUUCUUUCUCUGUUUCUUUCAUUUUAUUUGCUCUAACGUUAUGUCGAGAUGCGCCUCACAAGAGGUUGCCAUUUGAAUUCCUCAACGGAGUGUUGUAACUAAUAUCGCGGCAAGAUACCGCUUGAUCUAAUUCAAAGCCUUACGGGCCUUAACACUUG